UUCGCACCAACGUGAACCCCGUUCCCUCGGUCAAAUCAACAAGUGUCCUCACCGUGCCGUCUCUAUUGCUCAAAUGGGCAGACAACAUUGCAGCGGGCACUCACCGUCAGCAACGUAGCAGCACAACAGUUUCGCUGAGCGUCUACCGUCGUCGAGUUGUGGAGUGACGUCGUGUCCGUGCUGCCUGGAAUUGCCGAACGUGCCGUCGUUGAGCUCCUGCCGAAUUGCUGACAUAUCUGCGUUACCUGAACUGCGGUCCGAGUUGCCUAAUUAAACUCGAGCGGCAUUUCCCCGUCCGCGUCUUGUAUGAGAUUUGCGAAGUGCAGUCCGGGUCAGCAGCGCCGCAGGAUUUCGCAUUGGAUUACAGUGAAAUGCGGCCAAUCUCGCGGAAGACAAUUGCGGCCAAGUGAAUUGAAUUGAGAAGGUGAGAAAAUAGUUGGUGGCAAACGCGCGGGUGUAUGCGUCUCGGGAAGCGAUGCGGUGCCGUUCGUUGACGCCGAUGUCAACUCAGGUGUGUGCGUGUGUUUACCGAUUCGAAAUUUUCAAAUGUUGCAAGUGCCCGUAACAAGAAUCCGCCGACGAACGUUAAAUUGUGCGACUGUCAAAAAGUUCAAAAUGAAGUGACGCGACGACGAGAGCAAGUUUAUUUUGAUAAGUUGUAUUGAAACCUGUGUGGAGACGCGAACGAAUUACACCUGGAAUUUGAGUGGACCCGAGUGUCCCCCGACCGUGCAGUGAAUUCUUAUGAGAAAGUGGCCUACAGUAGCUGGCAGUGGAAAAUGGAUACCCGCAACCGUCGAUAGUACUAAGUGCCUGAAAGUUUUCUGUAUUCCUUAAGCCUACAGUUUUGAAGUAGUUUUAAGAUAAGCGUCCUAUCUUUGUAAAAAUACCGUAGCUGUAAGCCUUACUUAUCAAAAUGAAAACGCGAUUAGAUAGUUUCCUACAAGUGCUGCUUGUGGUGGUGAUUCUCGUGGUAACCGUCGUUCGCUGCCAGACGACGUUCGAGUGGAAUCCCCGCGACAAUCACAAGCCCCAUUUUCGUGACUGCAAGGAUUAUAAACCGUCCCUGAAAGAGGAGCAACAAAAGAACUCGUUCGUGAUCCAAGUGAAAGCCUACGAUCCGGAUGAAGGCGAUACGAUAACGUACAAAAUCCUUCACUUUGCACAGGAACGGCCAAAGUUCCAAAUCGAUCCUAAGAGUGGUGUGAUAACGACCGGGCACGCUUUUGAUCGUGAUGAGCCCAUCCACGAGAAGGAAGUCUACAUAACCGUCCAAGCAACGGACGAUGGACGGCCGCGCCUUGACGACGUAUGCACGUUCAAACUCACCAUUGAAGAUAUCAACGACAAUCCGCCCGUUUUCAACAAGGGCAGAUAUGACGAGUCCAUGUCAGAAGACACACAGGUCAAUAGCACCGUCAUGCGAAUAUCUGCGACAGAUCUCGACGAUGGCGAUAAUAGUAUUGUCCGUUAUAGAAUUGUUCCCGAUCGCGAUUAUGAAUAUUUUAGAAUUGAUGAACAGCACGGUCUCAUUUACUUAAACCGGACAAUCGAUAGACAACCGGGUCGACAAUACGUGAUAAAUGUUCAUGCCUUCAAUAUCAUUCAAGACUAUCCUCAGGAUGCACAAACCGAAGUACGAAUACGAAUAGUCGAAUCGAAUAAAAAACCCCCAGAAUUUACCAAUAUACAUCCACCAAACGAUGUAAUCAGUAUGCCAGAAGAUUAUCGUGAUUUCUCAACGCCCAUUGUGAAGAUGGAGGCAAGGAGUAAUGUUCCCGACAAACCUGAAGUGAUUUUCGAAUUGGUCACGGGCAGAACGGAACAGACGAAUAAUAAGAAAACAUUUGUGUUCAAUCAGAUUGGAAACACGGCAGUAAUUACAUUGGGCCAAGCUUUAGAUUACGAAGCAAUCACAGAGUAUACACUAACGAUGAGUGUGAGGAAUACAUACGAUCUCGUUGCCGAGCACAUAAUCAAAAUUAAAGUGGAAGAUGUAAACGACAACAUUCCCUAUUUCACAGAGUGGAAAAGCGGUGUUAUUUCAGAAAAUGAACCUAUAGGAACCCCUGUGAUGCAAGUGAGAGCUUUCGACAUGGAUGGAACGGAAGCCAACAACAUCAUUCAUUUUGAGUUGGCCGACAAUACUGAAUAUUUCGCUAUCGAUCCUCAAACGGGAAAUAUAACCGCAUUGAAGGAAUUCGAUCGGGAAGAGCGUGACUUCUACAAUGUUAAGGUGAUUGCAAGUGAUAACUCGCCAUCGAGCUUGUAUAAUACAGGCGAACCUAAUCGUGGAAACCAAGUGUUUCGUAUACAAAUCGCCGAUAAGAACGAUCAUAAACCUCAUUUCCGGCAAGAUGAGUAUAUUGCUGAUAAGCUUCCCGAAAAUGCGAACAUCAAUUCUGUAGUGAUUGAAGUCAAUGCCAUAGACGAGGAUAACGAAGCUCAGAUUGCGUAUACCAUAGAAGAAGGCAACGUCGGUGAAGCUUUCAAGAUUGAGCCUUUGACAGGAAAAAUCACAGUAAAUAAACCUUUAGAUUACGAGACCAUAACUGAGUACACUUUGAAAAUUAAGGCGAAUGACGGUAUGUACGAAGAUCAUGCAACAGUAACAAUUAGAAUAGAGGAUGUGAAUGACAAUCCUCCUGUUUUCAAAAGUAAUUAUAGCACCACCAUCGAAGAAGAGAAGAUAUACGAUGAUUGCAUUUUGAUUAUCGAAGCCUACGAUCCAGACAUAAAAGACCGCACUGCAGACCAAAAGCUCAAUUAUUCGGUUGUCAAGACUGAAAUGCAAAGCUACCUAGACAUCGAUAAGGGCGGUUGUCUACGAUUGAAAAAACCAUUGGACAGAGACGAACCUUUUGGUCAUAAAAAUUGGCAAAUUCUCAUAGCUGCUAACGAUGAAAAUGGAAAUGGCCUCAAGUCGGUUACAGAUGUGACUAUUUCUUUGAGUGAUAUCAACGACAAUGCACCCUUCUUAACAACAUCUAUGCCCGUUAUUUGGUCUGAAAAUCGUGAUCCUGGUGAGAUUAUUAAGUUACAAGCCCAUGACUACGACGAAAGCCAGAACGGACCACCAUUCACAUAUUCAAUUUCGGAGAAUGCACCACGUGACAUUAAGGCCAAAUUUGUCCUCGACAGUACCGGUCGCCUUAAUGCCAUAGUAACAUUCGAUAGAGAGGAACAGAAGGAGUAUUUCAUUCCCAUUAAUAUUACAGACAGCGGAUUUCCUGAGAUGAGUAAUGUGAGCUGGUUGCAUCUGAUAAUUGGUGAUGUUAAUGACAAUCCCAUGAAAGAUGGCUCCAGUAAGAUUUUUGUGUACAAUUACAAAGGCGAGGCGCCUGAUACUGAAAUAGGUCGAGUUUAUGUUGAUGACAAGGACGACUGGGAUUGGGGUGAUAAAGAUUUCGUCUGGAAUUCUGAAACAUAUAGCGAGCACUUUAGCCUGAAUUCAAGUACAGGUUACAUAACAAUGUUGCAAGGCACACCCCCCGGUGAAUAUAUCCUCAAUUUCAUUGUGACUGAACAAUCCAACUUGAUACCAAAGCAUAGUGUGUCGGCGGAUGUGACUGUAACUGUUAAGGAGAUUCCAGAAGAAGCUGUUGAUAAGAGUGGAUCUAUUCGAUUCAUCAAUGUUACAGGUGAAGAUUUCAUCAAAUUACCUCGAGAUGCGGAUCCAGGAAUGCUCAACAUGAAAGAUCGACUCCAACGAAUUUUAGCGAGAUUGUUUAACACGUCAGUGGAGAAUGUCGAUGUAUUCACCGUUUUCAAUUACAAUGCGUCUAUCCUCGAUGUUCGAUUCUCAGCUCAUGGUAGUCCCUACUACGAAGCUGAGAAACUGAACGGAUUGGUUGCUCAGAAUCAGAACGAACUAGAACGGCAGCUGGGAGUACAAAUUCUUAUAGUUAAUAUCGAUGAAUGCCUCAUUGAAAAAUACAAAUGCGAAAGCUCGUGUACAAAUAUUUUACAUAAAUCAAAUGUGCCUUUACUAGUUUAUACGAAUACUACGUCGUUUGUGGGAGUUAAUGCAUUUACGCAAGCGGAAUGCGUGUGUUUGCCUCGGAGACGGAAUGUCUGCUUGAAUGGAGGUACUGCGAAUGAUGAUGAGACAUGUGAAUGCAUUGAUGGAUUCACAGGACCAAAUUGCGAAUUAGUUGCGAUCGGAUUCUAUGGUCAUGGAUAUGCGAUGUAUCCUCCAGUUAGUGCCUGUGAUAACACAAAGAUUGCAAUGGAGCUAUCGCCUAAUAUGGAGAACGGGUUGGUGAUGUAUAUCGGCCCAAUGAAUUACAAUGAGCAUUUGCCAUUAAGUGAUUUCUUGUCCUUGGAACUAGUCGAAGGAUUUCCAGUCCUUACCGUGGAUUACGGAACAGGGGCUGUCCGAAUAGAACACAAAUAUAUCAAAUUAUCAACCGGGAAAACAUAUGCGAUUGACAUUCUUUUGCAGCGCUCGACUAUCGAGAUGACCGUGGAUAAUUGCAAAUUGUCCACGUGCAUGAGCUUAGGAGCGCCGCAAGGCCCCAACGAGUUUUUGAAUGUCAAUUCACCGCUUCAAUUGGGCGGUACACCGGUCAAUUUAGAAAUGUUAGGCUUACAGUUGAAUUGGACAUAUAUCCCCCAAAGCAGUGGCUAUUCAGGAUGCGUCCGCAACCUGACAAUAGACGGCUUUACAUAUAAUUUGGGAAGACCUGCUCUCUCUAAAUAUGCUGAUCCAGGAUGUCAGAAUGCAGUGGCCGUUGCUGUGUCAUUUAAUAUAGGCAAAAAUUUUCUCAUACCCAUUCUGAUAUGCAUCAUUUGCCUAAUAAUUUUGAUCCUUGCAUUCGUUGUACAUAAACGGCAGCAAAGCGGGUGGUUAGAAAAAGAUACGGACGAUAUUCGAGAAAAUAUAAUAAAUUACGAAGAUGAAGGAGGGGGCGAACGGGAUACCGACUACGAUUUGAAUGUUCUUCGAGCUCCUCCGCUCUAUGAAGACAAGCCCUACAAAACGAAUUUGCUCAUGAAAGAGCCAAACGAUGUGCCUGAUAUCGGCGGUUUCUUGGGCGACAAGAAAGAUAGUUGCGAUAAGGAUCAAGGGGCAUAUCCUGUGGAUGAUGUGCGACACUACGCAUAUGAAGGAGAUGGAAACAGCACUGGUAGCUUAUCUAGUUUAGCAUCGUGCACGGACGAUGGUGAUCUCGAUUUCGAUUAUUUAUCAAACUUUGGGCCGAGGUUUAGGAAAUUAGCUGAUAUGUAUGGCGAAGAGCCAUCAGAUACAGAUUCGAAUGUUGAUGAUGAUCAAGGAUGGAGAAUAUAAUAUUGAACGGACGGAAUGUAAUUAAAAGCAUUAUUAACGUCCGUGCUAAGUCAAUUGAAAGGCAGACUUAUCGUAUUCUGCCUCGUCAGCAGCCUACAAACCUAGCAAACCUGUACAAAGUGUUAGUAUAGUUUCAUGAAUUUUUUAAUAUCCAUUAAGUAUAUUGAUCUAAGUUUCGUUUGCUUGAAUGAUAAAUGAAAUAUCGUUUUUGAAGUAAUUAUUUUUAAAAGUGUGCGUAAGAUCAAUGAAUAUACAAUUCAAAGUACAUUCCAAAAUAUAAUAUGUAGUAAUAUUUAUAUGAAAUAAUUGUUUAUAUUUUGAUAAAAUUGAUAAUCGUUUAAACUGCCACAAAAGGAUUUUUUAUAGUUAAAAUACGGCGAUAAAUUCUUAAUCUCUAAUUUCAACUAUUGUUGAAACUUCAAAUGAGUAAUUUAUUUCAUUUGAUUUCCAAAAAAUAUUAAAUAGCUAAUGUAAAACAUACCCUGCCACACGUGUCAAUAAAUUAUUUUUUAUAAUUUUA